AUGUGUUUAAGCAUUGCAAUUAGCAUAUUUGCUCUUUACUUUUCUUGCAAGUACUCCCAGCAAGGGGAAAAGGACGAGGCGAGCGAUGGAAAGGAGAUCGUGGUUGGGCCAUGGGGAGGAAACGGAGGGAGCAAUUGGGAUGAUGGGAGCUUCAAUGGAGUGAGGGAGAUCAAGCUCAUGUAUGGUCGUUGCAUCGAUUCAAUACGCGUCGUGUAUGAUAGAAACGGAAGGCCCAUUGCAGCGGAGAAGCGUGGAGGUAGCGGAGGCACCAAAACUGCAGAGGUGAAGCUGCAGUUUCCAGAGGAGUACCUGACUGCGGUGUGGGGGCACUACGCCCCGGUGGUGCACGGGGGGAGCCCGGUGAUCCGGUCGCUGACGUUCAGGACAAACCGCAGAACAUUGGGGGCGUUUGGAGUGGAAGAAGGGACGCCAUUCAGUCUGCCGAUGGAAGGAGGGCAGAUUGUGGGAUUCAAAGGCAAGUGUGGUUGGUAUGUAGAUGCGAUUGGUUUCCACAUAGCUAAAGUGAAGACGGCCAAGGCUGUGCCGAGAGCGCAGCCUAGUCUCUUCAGAAGGCUCACUAGCUCGGUCUCGUUCGCCCCACUUACUCUUAGAGACGGAGACGAAGCUCGGGCUAGAUCCACUAAACCUGCCCCUCUUACUCUUAGAGACGGAGACGAAGCUCGAGCUAGAUCCACUAAACCUCCCGCGUAG